UUUUUACUGGAAAAAUCGGUCGGUAGUGGUUAUUGCUUUUUUAAGAGCCAUCAAAAACAAAAACCUGUUUAUAACAUUCUAUACUAAUUUCUUACAAUAGAUGAUGAAAUAAAUAAACCACGUCAUUUUUCAUUGCACGAGCCCCAAGUUGUACAUCGACUGUGAACAGUUGAGAAACAAAAGUGAGUCUGAAAACUUGUUGGGUGUUGGGACAUACAAAAAUGGAUGAAAAAGAAAGUGAACUAAGUCAAACACGGGAAAUCGAAAUAUUAAUGGUUGGCUUGGACAAUGCUGGAAAAACCGAAUUGCUCUACACGCUUAAGAAUGGUCAUGUGGUUGCCACCAUACCCACGAUAGGCUACAAUGUUGAAACCAUCGAACAUAAGGAUGUCAAAUAUACAAUUUAUGAUAUUGGUGGUUUAAGAAGCGUUCGAGUUUUAAGAAACUUUUAUGUCGAGAAUAAACAAGCUGUCAUCUAUGUCGUCGAUGUGUCUGCUGGUGAACGCUUUGAGGAAGCUAAGAAAGAUUUGCAUGAUCUUGUGGAGAAGAAUAGUAGCCAUCUCAGCAAUGCGGUUUUGUUAAUUUUAGCAAAUAAAAUUGACUUGGUACCACAAUUUGAUGUUCAUAGUCUGGCUGAACGUUUGGGAUUGAAUGCCUUGAGCCAAAAAUGGCAAAUUCAUGCGAGUUCUGCUGUAAAGGAUGGCGAAAAACUUUUUGAAAUAUUUGAUAUUUUAAAUAAAAUGAUUGAAGAUAAUAAUAAUAAAUAAUGAGCUGGAAGUGUGCUACGUAGAUUAUGUAAUAUUA